CUAUACCGAACAGUGGAAAAUUUUUAUGGUAGUUACCAUAUAUCCUGUCUGACAACAGACAAUAUUUGUAUCAAUGAAGGAAAAGAUAUCAUUCAUAUAAACAAAACAGGUGACACUUAUUUAUUCCAGCAUUAUUUACCUGAAUUCGCUUUCAACGGUUUGCAUACAAUGGACAAGGAGAACGAAUUAAUAUACAUCAAUAGUGAUUACGACAUAUACAGAUUGUCUUUAGAAACGGAAACAAAAAUCCCGUUAUUACAGACCAAUAGUAGUACAUGGAAACCUCAUUGUGUGUACUGUUCGCCUUUUUCUAUGGAUCUACUCGUCGGAAUGUUUAGAAAAGAUCUGAAAAUAGGUAUAGUUACCCGGUAUAGCAAUUCCGGAAAACUGAAACAAUCAAUAAUCUGCGACAAGUUUGGGCAGGAGUUGUAUAACGAGCCUCGUUAUAUAACUGAAAAUAACAAUGGAGACGUGGUAGUGUCCGACUCAGACUGGGAGACAGGUGCUGUAGUUGUUACAGACCGUGGGGGUCAACAUCGUUUUACCUACACAGGAGAUCCCUCUGGAUCAGGACUAUUACCACGUGGAAUUUGCACGGAUGGAUUGUCACACAUCAUAGUGUGUGAUAGUUCAUCGAAAAAAAUACAUGUUAUCGAUGAAGAUGGACGUUUCCUUUCAUACAUAUUUAUUAACUCAAAACUUAUGUCAGAAGCGUCCUGUUUGAGUUAUGCUUUUCCCGAUGACCUUUUCUUGGUUGGAUCAUAUUACGGCAACAAGAUAGGUGUCUGUAAAUAUGUAGCUGAAAAAAUUGAAGCUAACACUGACAAAACUGAAUGUCGAUUUUUUCUCUACGGUAAUACCCCGUGCAUUUGAGAUAAAGGAUAACAGCAUGAGCAGGAUUUGGACAUCUUAUCUCUGUUCAGCGACUUAAUGAUUUUGAACUGUUUGUAAAUAUAAUUCACUUGUAAUGUUUUUAAAAAUGUGUGUGUG